AAAGAGAGAGAGAGAGAGAGAGAGAGAGAAAGGUCAUGGCCAAAGUUAGUGGUGUUGUCUCUGCUGUAUUCAUGGCUAAGGCAAAUGGUAAUGGUGUUGCCUCUGCUGAAUUCAAGGCUAAUGGGAAUGGUUCACCUGAGUUCCAUACAAAUUUGCAUAGAAAGGAGACAGUGGGAGAUGGGGUUAUGGCUGAGCAUGGAAACACCAUUGUCUCAUCAGUUUCUCUGUUGCCUCCUGAAGCUGAGAACAGCAGCAAUGGGGAUGUUUGUUUCUCGUCUGCAAUUCCUGGAUGGUAUGCUGAUGCUCCCCCACUCUGGCCAGGAGAGGCACAUGUUUAUAAGGUGGAGAAGGUGUUAUUUCGAGGAAAAUCUGAAUACCAGGAGCUUUUCAUAUUUGAGUCAGCAACAUCAGGGAAGAUUGUUAUCUUGGAUGGGUAUCUCCAACUCUCAGAAAAGGAUGAGUUUGUAUACCAAGAGAUGCUCACUCACCUUGCCCUUUGCUCCAUUCCCAACCCCAAGAAGGUACUGCUCGUAGGAGGAGGAGAUGGAGGCAUUUUACGGGAGGCUUCUCGUCAUUCCUCCCUUGAGCAGAUUGAUAUAUGUGAAAUAGACAAAAUGGUGAUUGAUGUUUAUAAACAAUUCUUCCCUGACAUAGCAGUUGGGUUUGAGGAUCCCCGGGUGUCUGUCUACAUUGGUGAUGGAGUUGAAUUUCUGAAGUCUGUUCCUGAAGCUACUUAUGAUGCCAUCAUAUUGGAUGCAUUCCAAGAAAUGGGGCCUAGUGCACAAGAGCUUGCUGAUAAACACAUCUUGGAGUCGGUUGCAAGGGCUCUUCGGCCGGGGGGAGUCCUGUCUACUCAGGCAGAAAGCAUGUGGAAUAAAAACUUUAUCCUCGAAGACAUCAUUGCAGAUUGUCGCAAGAUAUUCAAAGGCUCUGUCAACUAUGCCUGGACAACAGUUCCUGUGUACUCAAGUGGGGUAGUUGGAUUCAUUCUUUGCGCCACCGAGGGGCCACCGGUUGACUUCAAGCACCCGAUAAACCCAAUAGAUGCAGUGCCGAAUCAUGGUGUAGCAAAAGGGCCCCCUAAAUUUUACAACUCAGAGGUCCAUACUGCUGCAUUCUGUCUUCCAUCAUUUCUGAAAGGGGGAAGCUCCAAGAAUUGACAACCAGCUUAUAAGAGUGCCAGGAAAUCGCAGUAACUACGGUAAUUUAUCAGAUUCUUCCAUUGAAGAAUUGGUUGGCAGUGGAACAUGUAAUAAAAUGCUCAGUAUUAGUUUUGAGUUGAUUAUGAUCUUUAAUUCAGUGCCAGAACUGAUAGCUUUAGAGCUC